AGAAAGAGGAUAUCCUGAAGAAGAAUACAGUAAUCGUUUUGAGGAAGAUAUGAGAACUGUAGUUGAAAAUGACUCAGAAGCUAAUAGCUCUGGUGAAGAUAGGUCUGACGAUUUAGAAUAA